ACUCACACAUACACACGCACCGACGAAGACGACGAUGUCCAAUUUCUUCACCUUUUCUCUUUCCCUCUUUCUCUGCUACAACACGACGACCGACUCCCCGCUGGCCAGAUUCCUUCCCUGUCGUCCUUCUUUAUUUCUCUGUCCUCUCCUCUUCUCUUCUCUUCUUUCCCUUAUCUCUCUCCCUCCCUUCCAUUCCUAACCCUAAAUUUCAUGUCUUUCUUCUUAAUUCCUUUCUAAUUCCCUUACUUACUUCCAACUCUACCAUACCCAGUUUUUUCUUUUUAUUUUUUCUGGGUCCAAUCUCUCAUUAGGGUUUACAGAUGGGCUGUGCCAGCUCCAAGCUAGACGACCUACCGGCUGUGGCCCUCUGCCGUGAUAGAUGCGCCUUUCUUGAACAAGCUAUCCGAUUAAGAUACUCACUUGCGGAUUCCCAUGUUGCUUAUAUGAUCUCUCUCAAAGGGGUUGGUGGGUCUCUAAGACGCUUCUUUGAUCAGGAUCUUGAUGUGGGUGCGCCGCCUUCACCGGUUCUGAAUCUGCCGCCUCAGAGAAAGGGACAACCAGAGGCUUCAGGGUCUCCUCCAUCUGAGGAAAAUCAUCAUAAUCAUCAUCAUGGUCAUUCUCACUCCAAUUCCGGCUCGCAUAUUCAGCUUGACUCUGAUUCGGAUUCGGAUGAAUCGGGGUCUGAAUCUCUGCAUCAAGAUGAUCAUCACCAUCUUCAUCACUCUGGUAAGAAUUCUCCUUAUCAUCCGUACGGACAGAUGAAUUAUACCGAUCAGGAGGGGUCUUUGAGCUCGUAUCCACCUGGAUAUAUGAAUACGAAUUUCAAUAUCAGUUACACUAAGAAUAAAGCGCCGUCGUCGGUUGUAUAUGCACAGAAACCUAUGGUUCCAGAGACUGUUUAUAUGGGCGAAUCGUCAUCUUCUUCAUCAUAUUAUCCUUAUCAAUAUGCUAAUCAAAAUCAAAAUCAAAAUCAGAGCUCCUAUCCGUAUUACAGUAAUUCAGGUUACGGCAACUUCUUCGGUGGUGCACCGUACGGCUAUUCUUCUACUCCGGCUAUGGUUGGGCCAGCUGCCUCUGUGCAAUCCGAAGCAUCGACCUCAAGUUCGGCUCCUGCUCCUCCACCUCCUCCUCCCCCACAGCCUCAGACUUCUGCUUGGGAUUUCCUAAAUCCAUUCGAUAGUGAAGACAGGUAUUAUCAACCUUAUACCUCUAGCCGUGACUCCGGUGAUGUGAGAGACGUCGAGGGAAUUCCAGAUUUGGAAGAUGAGGAAGAUUUUCAGCAUGAGGUUGUUAAAGAGGUACAAGAAGAUAAAAAAUUUGUUGAUGUUGGCGGUGGACAUAGUUACUCGAAGGGUGUGGUAAAUGAUGCAGAUGAAAAUGGGAGAGCUUCAGAGUCAUUGUAUCGUGCCAGGCCAAGUAAUUCGGCCGAGAAUAAUCCUCAAGAGUAUGAGGUGCACGUGGUUGAUAAGAAAGUAGAUAAGGAGGAGAUUUCAGGCGAUCGAGGGAAUACUCCAGCUUUCAAUGUCCGGUUGAGCAGUGAUUCUGAGAUUGUAAGAGAAAUUGAGACUCAGUUUCUGCGAGCUUCUGAAUCAGGUCAAGAUCUCACGGUAUUGCUUGAAGUUGGGAAAAUGCCAUAUAAGAAAGGUGCUGGAUAUCAUGUAUCUUCCAAGUUGUUGCAUGUAACGACACCUUCGGCAUUAGCUUUGCAACCUUCUACUUCCAAAGCUGCCGAGGCAUCGUCGAUUGAGAAUGAAGGCCCUGAAAUUGAAGAGGUUGUGGGAAUGGGAUCUGGGAAUCUAUCUUCAACAUUGCAUAAGCUAUUUCUUUGGGAGAAGAAAUUAUACAAUGAAGUCAAGGUUGAAGAGAAAAUGAGAUUACUACAUGACCAGAAAUCAGAGAAGUUGGCACGCAUGGAUAAAAGAGGUGCCGAGGCCCACAAAAUAGAAGCAACAAGGAUGUACAUAAAAAAUCUCUCUACAAAAAUAAGGAUUGCUAUUCAGAUUGUUGACAAGAUAUCUGUGAAGAUAAAUAAGUUAAGAGACGAUGAGCUAUGGCCACAGUUAAAUGAACUCAUUCAAGGGUUGGCAAAAUUUUGGAAAUCCUUGGUUGAAUGCCAUCGUAGUCAAUGUCAGGCGAUAGGACAAGCUAGGAAACUUGACAUGAUUGCUUCGAGGAAGCAGCAGCAUCCAACGGAUGCUGGUCUCCAGGUGACCUUACAGCUUGAAUACGAGCUUCUUAACUGGAUAUCAAAAUUUUCUUUCUGGAUUGGGUCCCAAAAGGGUUUUGUAAAGGCACUGAAUAACUGGCUAAUGAAAUGCCUUCUAUACGUACCUGAAGAAACUGCUGACGGAAUAGUUCCAUUCUCUCCUGGGAGAAUAGGGGCGCCUCCAAUAUUUGUAAUGUGUUUCCAGUGGGCUCAGGCAAUGGAGAGAAUAUCGGAGAAGGAAGUGGUGGAUUCAAUGAGGGAGUGCGCGAGAAGUGUUCUUCAUCUGUGGGAGAGAGAUGUGCUGGAAAUGCGGAACAGGAUGGUAGCUAACAAGGAUCUGGAGAGAAGGUUUAGGAGUGUAGAGAAAGAUGACAGGAAGGUGCAGAAAGAGAUUCAAGCUUUGGACAAGAGGCUAGUUUUGAUGUCUGCUGCUGGAAAUGGAAAUGGAAAUGGUUUGUCUUUGUUAGGAGGUGGAAAUGCGGUUUAUCAGGGAGAUACAAAUAAGAGUAGUAGUAGUAGCUUGCAGACGAGUCUGAAGAGGGCUUUUGAGACGAUGGAGCGGUUCACAACUGAGUCGUUGGGUGCUUAUGAGGAGCUUUUGUUGCGAAUUGACGAGGAUAGACAAGAUCGACUUAGUAAGGAAAAUGAAAGAGAUUAAAAAUCCAAUGAUUGAUGAGAUUUCAUCCUACAACAACUGAGAUCCUUUGUUGUUGCUGCUGCUGCUGCUGUUGCAUGAAUUUUGCAAUAAGAGAUGGAUGCAGCAGAAAUGGGGUCUGAUCAUAAUUUUGUUGAUUUUGAAAUAUGGAUUUGAUCGGUUCUUUUGAAGGUAAAGAAGACUCUAUCUGAUAUAUGUCAAUAAUAAUAAUAAUAUUAUUAUUAUAGGCUUAUGUUGUUAGGGGCUAGAGUUUAGGGUAGAGACAGAUUAGGAAUGAUGAUGUCUCAAGUAUAUUAUGCAAGUCAUGGAUGAUGUGCCUUUAGAUGUUGUUACAUUAUUAUUAUUAUUAUUAUUAUUGUAAAAUAGGUUAGUAGAAAUCUUUUGCUCAUUAGAUUUUUAAAUUUCAUUUGUUGUACAGGAUUAUUUAUUGGCAAAUAAUGAAAUAUUAUUUCUUCUA